GUCUCUCUGUGCUGCCUGAUGUCAGAGCUGAGAAAGGUGUGAAGGGUAUAUAAGAGCUGUAUUACUUGCCAGCAAGGAGGGGAGAAAAAAGGGAUACUGCAGAGGCAGAUGCAAGCGUGGAAUUGUUGCAUGCACCCUUCCUGCUAGUACAGACGUGUGUGGAACUUCUUCAGUUAGUUCCUUAACCUCUUCAAGAAACUUAAGAAAAGAUGUGCAACCUAAAGCUGCCAGUUGUCUUCAUUGUACUCUCUGUUACUUUAAGCUAUCUGGAGGCUACACCUAUGGAAAAACUAUUCUCUGUGGCUGAUGAUCUAUCUGAUGGGACUUCCAACAGACAAGGAUGGCUAUUACCAAUCUUGUCAAGGAAUACACCCUGGGGACUUAACAGGGCAUUGCCACAACCAGCUGCAGCAAAGCCAAAAAGUCACCACUUGGAGAAACGGAAAUGCAACACUGCUACAUGUGUGACGCAACGUUUGGCUGACUUUUUAGUUCGAUCCAGCAACAACAUCGGAGCAAUUUAUUCACCUACCAAUGUGGGAUCCAAUACAUAUGGCAAGAGGGACAGAGUUGGGCUUUUAAACAGAGAACCCUUAAAUUAUCUACAGCUUUAGUGCGUUGAAAUGAUUAAUGCUGCACUCUUCAUUGGGAGUUCCUCCCAGUUUUUAUGUAUAAAUAACCUUUUAGUCAUUUAUUACCUAUACAUUCUUAACAGUGCCUUGUUUUCUUUGUGUGUGCGUGUACGUGUAUGUGACUUUCAUGUUUAUCAUUUCACUAUGCAUGUAUGACAACAUGCGUAGGCUAUGGUUUUGAAUUCACUAAAAGCUUCAGAAAUCUGCUCAUUAAAUUCCUUUGUGAAAAAAUAAACCACAAAACUAAACUGAAAUGUAAUUGUUAUAGGGUUCUUUUUAAUUAAAAAGAUUAAAAAGGCAACCAAGAUGUGUAUGUCUUUGUAGUCAAAAUACGGUGAGGGUAAAAAUGAAACCUGUCCUAAACAACCACUCAGGGAGCUAACUAAAAUCAUGCGGUUAAUGGAGGUUGUAUCCUAUUAUAAAUGAAGCAGAAUUGUAACUUUUGGAGAUAUUAAGGAGGGUACUGCCCUUUUACUGGG